GAUGCUGUAUUUUUUGAAAAUUGAAGAAUUUUAACAGGAAAGAAAAAAUGUCAUUGAAAGCAGUUUCUUUACAAAGUAUCCCUGGUGGUACACCUUUAAAGGAUUUUGUAAAAUUCCAGGGGAAUUGUACUUUGAAGUCAGCUAAAAUUCCUCCUUCAAUGGUUCUUAGUUGCCAUAAUGUUUGCUCGGGCCAAGAGACUAAAGGCAUAGAGGUUUUCCAAUCCACUUUAAUAUCUAGCAAUGCGCAUAUACAAGAAUUCUUUGACAUCAGUGAAAUAAAAGCAUCUGAAGGAAUGCUGGGAAGGAUUUCUUCAUGUCAGAAAACUAAACAUAUGUCAAGGAGUGCCGUUCAAAAACGUAAAGCUUGUGAACCAUUAUCCCAUGAAUCUCCAGCAAAAAUCUUCUCAAGAAUGAAACAAAAAGCAGCUCUUGUCAAAGAAAAAAACAAGCCUCCAGAAGCUAAGUUGUUGGACACAAAGCAUACUGCAGAUUAUACUCCUGAAAGGCAACCUGCUUUUCUACCAAGUUCAGAAAAAAUACCAAUAGUUGAAGAUAAACAAAAGACAAAGGUAGAUGAGGAUUUUCUUGAAGAAUCCCAUGUAAAAACAGUUUCAGUGACAGAUUUUACUGCAGUGAACAAAACUACAUGUACUACAGUAAUAAGUCCUCUACUUCUGGAAUCCCCCAACAAGUUCUUCUCCCGGUUCUCAAAGAAAAAAGAUGUGAUAUAUCUCAAUGAAUGGGGAAUCAGAGUGAUCAAUGACAAUACUGCUGUGUGUCUGGAAGGAAUACGGAGCAUGUCCCUUUCAUUGACAUCGGGGAUCCACACAAUAAGAGUUUUACAGCAGAUACAAGUAGCACAUGAAGUCACCUAUUCCAGAUUUCUAUAUCUAAUCAUUGGCAAGGACAAAGCCCUUUGA